GCGGGUGGGUAGCAACAGUUGCCCGGGUGAGGACGAAGCGCCAUAGCCACGGUAGUCCUGGCGACAAGAGCCCAGCAACAAGAAUCAACAACAACAGCCCGAUUCAUUGAAACGCUAAAAAAUCAAACAUAGCGGUGGAAAAAACACGGAUUAAAAGGGCUUCUAUAUAAUGGCUUUUAGGGGAAGACCAGUGUGCAGGGAUUUUCGGAUACACGUGUCAGCCAGACAAUCUCGAUGGCAACUCCAGCUUAUGUCGGGGAGCUGCAGCAGACCUCCCAGCCUCCAGCAGGUGCUGUAACUGUAACACCAGGCCAGCCAGUUGUUGUCACGACUGCAGCGCCUCAGCAGUACCUGUCAGAGCUGCAAAAUACCGUGACCUCUGUCUCAGCUUCGGCAACUUCCGGCCAGGUCACUCCUCCUCCUGCACAAACCCCACCCACACAAGUCCCACCCACACAGACUCAGUAUGUCCCAGCUGAGAUGCAGAAUUCACCCACACAGUCCAGCAAUGCCCAAAACACACCUCAGUACAUCGUUGUUACGGUUACAGAGGGCUCCAUCCAUUCCAGUGACUCAGUUUCAGAUUCCAGUCCUCCACCUGCAGUGGUACAGACCGGAGUUCCUACUCAGGUGGUGCAGCAGGUGCAGUCAGCCCAGCAGAGGUCUGUGGUCCAAGCCAUAUCACAGCCUACCAAGACUGAACAGGGCACACAAAUGAACGUCACCAGCCUACAACCUGUACACUUGACUCAGGAGCUGCAGCAGGUUCCAGUGCAGCAUGUGUACACUAACCAAGUGCAGUAUGUGGAGGCAGGAGACACAAGCUACACUACCAGCACCAUACGUUCUGGCAGUUUUGUGUACACCGACAGUCCCUUGUACACUCAAACCAGUGGUGCUCAGUAUUACGAAAGCACCAGUGUGAGUGUCUCCGCCUCCCAGGCUGCAUCUCCUGUGAAUACGGGCUUUGUGACAGGGACGGGGCAAAUUGUGACCAGUGCCACACCUGGUACAGGUGGUGGAGCCACAGCAGUAAUCGCAGUGUCAGGGACGGCCGCUAAUGGCUCUGGGGAUGGAGGAGGUGGGGCUAAUGGGAGCAGUGGUAGCUACGUGAUUCAGGGAGGCUACAUGCUCAGCAGCAGCGGGGCCACUAGCAGCAGCACCAGUGGAAACGGCCAGAGUUACUCACAAAAUGCUCGCGUCUCCCCAGCCACCGUGAGUAUUAGCGAGGGAGAGGAGAAUAGCGUGCCGUCUGCAGACAAAAAGCUGUCCUCUGGCCCUCAGGUGCAGUGGUUGUUGGAUAAUUAUGAGACGGCGGAGGGUGUGAGCCUGCCGCGCUCCACUCUCUACUGCCACUACCUGCUGCACUGCCAGGAGCAGAAGCUAGAACCUGUCAAUGCCGCCUCCUUCGGAAAACUCAUCCGCUCCGUCUUCAUGGGCCUGAGGACGAGGCGCCUGGGUACUCGAGGGAACUCGAAAUAUCACUAUUAUGGGCUGAGGAUUAAAGCUAGCUCCUCUCUGCUCCGGCUGAUGGAGGAUCAACAGCACCUGGCAAUGAGGCAGCAACCCUUUUCCCAAAAACAGAGGUUGAAGCCAGUACAGAAGAUGGAAGGAAUGACCAAUGGGAUGUCAUCAGGGGCAGGACAACAGCAGCAACAACAGACUUCAGGGCUUUCUGACAUCAGUGCCCAGGUUCAACAGUACCAGCAAUUCCUAGAUGCAUCCCGUGCUCUCCCAGAGUUUCCUGAAAUUGACUUGCAGGGCAAACCUUUGCCAGAGGGCAUUGAGCUGGAACACAUUAAGAGCUUUCAGCUACUCUACAGAGAGCACUGCGAGGCCAUUCUGGAUGUCAUGGUGAACCUGCAGUUCACACUGGUGGAGACACUGUGGAAAACUUUCUGGAGGUUUAGCGAGAGCCAGGCAGGAGACCCGGUCACACUGUCUGUUCAUGAUGAAUCAGAGAAGCGAUUGCCCAAAUCAUGUCUGGUGCUGCUGUGCAAGUAUGAGCCAGCGCUGCGCUGGAGCCGUGACUGCGACAACACUCUGUACCAGGGCCUGGUGGAGAUCCUCAUCCCAGAUGUACUGAGACCCAUACCCAGUGCCUUAACUCAAGCCAUUCGAAACUUUGCCAAGAGUCUGGAGAGCUGGCUGACUAACGCCAUGAUGAACAUUCCCGAGGAGAUGGUCCGCAUAAAAGUGACAUGUGCGAAUGCGUUUGCUCAGACGCUGCGUAGGUACACCUCUCUAAACCACCUGGCCCAGGCUGCUCGUGCUGUGCUGCAGAACACCGCGCAGAUCAACCAGAUGCUCAGCGACCUCAACCGAGUCGACUUUGCAAACGUGCAGGAGCAGGCCUCUUGGGUGUGUAGGUGUGAGGACCGUGUGGUGCAGCGGUUAGAGCAAGACUUUAAACUCACCCUGCAGCAGCAGAAUUCACUGGAGCAGUGGGCUGCCUGGUUGGAUGGUGUUGUCUCCCAGGUCCUAAAGCCGUACCAGGCCAGCCCGGCCUUCCCCAAAGCUGCUAAACUCUUUCUGCUCAGAUGGAGCUUCUACAGCUCUAUGGUAAUCAGAGAUCUCACACUGCGCAGCGCAGCCAGUUUUGGUUCCUUUCAUCUCAUCCGCCUGCUGUAUGAUGAGUAUAUGUAUUACCUAAUAGAGCACAGAGUUGCUCAGGCCAAAGGGGAGACCCCUAUUGCAGUCAUGGGAGAGUUUGCCAGCCUUGGUCGUAGUCUUAACACACUGGAUCCUGAUAAAGAAGAGGAGGAUGAGGAGGAAGAGGAGAGUGAUGAUGAGUGUCAGGAAUUGUCUCUGCCGGCUGAUGGAUCCGCUCUCGGUGACGAGUCUCUGGAGCCUCCGGCUAAGCUCGCCCGAACUGACCAGAGAGUUCUCUUUAGCAACACAGAGAACUGAGAACACACAUUCCACCACACACACACACAUACACACACACACACACACACACACACACACACACACACACACACACACACACACACACACAAAUGUUCGUUAUGGACACAUAAUGAAAACAUGCUGCAGUUCACAUAACUCUGUUCACAUACAGUAUACUUACUAACACAUAUACACUGAAACACACACACUCUCUCACAAUUGUUUUUCUUUUUCUUUUUUUAAACCAAUCUCUGUCAGCGAUAUCUGUGGCUUAGGUGUGAUUAACAACAAUCCUUGGCACAUUUCCUUCAAAUGAGAAAAAAAGAAUAAGUAAGAACCUGUGCACUUGAAACUCGCUCAUAAUUGAAGCCUCAAGGCAAAGAGAAACAAGAAAAAAACUCAUGAAAUUGUAUAAACAUUUAUCAGUUGCACCAUUAACUUCCCAUAGGCCUCCAGUAUAAGUGGGUUUUAAGCUGUUUAUGUUCUUUUAUGUUCUGUCAGUACAUUAAAUAUGCCAAGCUGAUUCUCAUGAAGUGUAAUCACAUGUACGCUACAGAUGUAUAGUGAUCUGACUGAAAAACUCUGCAGUCAUACUCUCGGAGUGAGACACGAUCACUGGCACGAUUUCAACGUGACAGGGCGUGAUAGUGAUCUGUAUGAGAAUCCAGACUGAUGUGAAAAGAAACACACUUCCAUGUGAGAAGGUGUUCAUCAGUCAGUCAGAGCUACAAUGCGCAAGCAUGGUGGAGAUGAUUUUGCUUUGCGCCUCCAUGCUGGCGCUGUGUUUCUGCCACAGAGAACAACAAAAAGCAUGGACAAUGAAACACUGGAGAUUAGUUUGUGGACAGAAUGGAGCCACUGACCCAUGUGAGCUUCUGUCUAUCAAACUCCUGCCGCCCAUGAGGCUAAAAACGGGCGGACGUAGGUGCCAGCAGAACGACUGUAAACACGCAUGUGCGUGUGUGUAUGCGUGCGUGUGUGUAAGCGUGAUGUGUAUUUCCCGCGGUGGCCUCGCUGUGUGUCGUCUGUGUGCGUUUGUGGGUGGAUUGGGGCCUUCCUGCCGUGCUGAUUUGAGUGAAGGUGUUACCUUUAUGUGUGAAUGUGAGCGGGUGUAUAUGUGUGUAUGUUGUUCAGAAGAAACGAUAAUAGUUGUUUUUGUUGGUGGAUAUUUUUUCAUGCAUCCAUUCUCAUUAUUUUGUCAUUCUUGUUGCCUUUAUUGUACACUACCGUGUGUUACAUACCAAGUUAAGAUUCAGUUUAAAACUUAAAGAGAGUUCCUAUUAGUUUUUAAUUCUCUUCAGUCCCUUUCUCUGAAUACUGCCUUAUGUUUUUUUUUUUUUUUUUGAGACUUGACUUUUUGCACUUUUUUUGUUGUUCGGUUUUGGUGUCACAUUCCAGACUUGGUAUAGGAUUGAUAGUAUCUGUGUCGUCUAACUAGAGUCACAAAGUGGAGCUCUUCUCUGUGUUAGACUGGUGAUUUGCACUGUUUUGUGCACAUUUAAUGGUAUAUUGCGUAUGUGUAUUCAACCACAUUUGAAAAAAACAAAACUGCCUACACACUGAUUUACUCAGAGAAAGGGUGUGAUAACAUCUACUCAAUGCAAAGUGACUAGGCAGUGAUGAAUAGAUAAGUGCAGUGUUGUUUUACAAAAGCAUUGCUCUUUGUCUCCGAUCCCUAAAUUUUACUUUCUAAGCAACUCCUUCAACACUUUUUUUUAUUCUGUCCUUGUGGUGUAAUGAAAACUUCUUUACGAUAAUUUGAAUCGGUCCCUCAUUCCGUGUGGGAUCUUACAAUCCAUCAUCUCAGAUCUCUGUUUUCUUCAGCUACAUGUCCAGAAUGAUUUAUUAGACUGUAUAUUUUGCAAGCUACUGAAGCAACAUUGGCUGCACUCGUGUUUACGUUUCCUGAUAAACACAAACCAGCAUGUACUUUUUCUUUCCCUCAUGACCUUCUGAUACAAAGACAACAAGACAUAUCACAAGAUGUUCUGAAGAGCCUUUCAGUACAAUAGCCAUUUUCAUAAACUGCAAGAAUUUCCCUUUUAAAGUCAUUUCAGUUUCUUAUUUAAAAAAAAAAAAAACAAAAAGAAAAAAAGAAGAUUAAAAAAAGAGUGACCGUGUUUUAUUAAUCUUCUAAACUAUGAGGAUGAUUGUGCCUUUGGAGUAAUCAAAUGGAAUUCAAAUGUUUUUAAUUUAAGAUAUGAAUAAAUUAAGAAUUUCUAAAACCG